AUGCCAUCAACUACAGCUACGAGUGUCUUGAUCGACACCACUGAUAUUACCAAAGAAUUGAGAAAAUUAGAAUUAAUUAAACCAAAAGGUGGUGAAAAUGAUGUCGGGUCAUAUAAAUCACCAUUUUAUACUUCAAGAGUUUUAGGCGAAGAUGGUGUUUUGGUUUUGAAACCUGAAGAACGUGAAGGUAUCAAUUAUAAAGAAUGGGAACCUGUUUGGAAUACUGCUGAUAAAUUCCCACCUUAUGAAGUUUUCGAACAUAAAGACCCUGGAUUGAAAGCUGAUGCCAACUUGUCAGAUUUGUUCCCAAAAGAUGACGCCAACUAUAAAGUUGAAGAAUUAACCCCAAAAUUUGGUAGUGAAGUUAAAGGUAUCCAAUUGAGUGAAUUAACAGAUGCUGGUAAAAAUGAUUUAGCGUUAUUUGUUGCCCAAAGAGGUGUUGUUGUUUUCAGAGAACAAGAUUUAGCUGACAAAGGUGUUGAAUUCAAUGUUGAAUUUGGUGAAUAUUUUGGUCCAUUACAUAUUCAUCAAGCAUCUGGUGCUCCAAGAGACCACCCAGAGAUUCAUUUAGUUUAUCGUUCAUCAGAGAUUUCACCAAAUAGUUCAUACUUAAAGAAACAUAUCUCCUCAGUCGCAUGGCACUCUGAUGUUUCAUUUGAGAAACAACCAGCUGCUACAACAUUUUUAGCUUAUUUACAAGGUCCAACAUCUGGAGGUGAUACUAUUUUUGUUGAUGCUGAAGAAGCUUAUAAUAGAUUAUCACCACAAUUUCAAAAAAUUGUUGAAGGGUUGAGUGCAGUUCACUCAAGCGUUGAACAAGCUGAAUCUUCAUUGAAAAACGGUGGUAUCUUGAGAAGAGAUCCAGUUAAAAGUAUUCAUCCAGUUGUUAGAAAACAUCCAGUUACUGGUAAGAAGGCAUUGUUUGUGAAUCCUCAAUUCACAAGAGAAAUUGUUGGAUUGAAAGCUGAAGAAAGUGAUGCAUUGUUGAAUUUCUUGUACACUCAAUUGUCAGUUUCAGUUGAUUUACACGCAAGAGCCAAAUGGGCACCAGGUACUGUUGUUGUGUGGGAUAAUAGACGUACAUUACAUUCAGCAAUUUUUGAUUGGGACUCAGAAGAACGUCGUCAUUUAUAUAGAUUGACACCAAGGGGUGAAGUCCCAUCUUUUGAAUGA